AUGGCAUGUCCCCUGGAGCAGGCGCUGGCCGUGAUGGUCACCACCUUCCACAAGUACUCGGGGAAGGAAGGGGACAAGUACAAGCUCAGCAAGGCGGAGCUCAAGGAGCUGCUGAACAAGGAGCUGCCCAUCUUUGGGAGCAAACAAAUGGAUGAGGCGGAAUUCAAGAGGCUGAUGAACGACCUGGACCACGACAAGGACAGCGAGGUGGAUUUCAAGGAGUACGCCUGCUUCCUAGCCUGCAUCACCAUGGGCUUCAACGAGUUCUUCAAGGACGGUCCCACCAAGCAACCCCGCAAGAAGUGA